AUGGCCCAUUUAACAAACCUUUAUCCAAUCCACACUCUUCUCUGCGACCAAUUCCCCCAACUCCCACAGAACCCUAAAACAAAAACACUCGCAAUUUCACUCCGAUUCCGCCACGUGACGAUCGCUACUUCAUCUCCUUCACAAUCACUUCCUCAAGGUUGGAUUUGUCACAGGGUUAAAAUUUGGGGGAGUUCUUCAAUUUAAGUUGAAAGAUAUUCUGUAUGCCAGCCACUGCUAUGGCUGUACAUACAAAAUAUCGUCUCAUUACUUACUCGUCGGAGAUUGUAGAUGGGCAGCCGAUUUUUGUUUCGUCGAAUUGUAGUCCGGCGAAGGCGUUGAAAAAGGAGCCGGCGGGUCAUUCUUUUCAUUCUGCUGCACUUAAACUUCUCGGUGUUAAGAAAGAAGAGAUAAAGGAUGAUGGUAAUAAGAAAGUUGUUGAUGAUAAGGAUCAGGCGUAUUUGCCGUCGGAUUCUUAUAGUAGUAAGAGUAAGAAGAAGAAAUCCGGUGAAGAGCAGGAGCAGGAUCAUUAUGCAUUGUUGGGUAUGAGUCAUCUUAGGUAUCUUGCUACGGAGGAUCAGAUUCGGAAAAGCUACCGUGAGACUGCGUUGAGGUUUCAUCCGGAUAAACAGGCUGCUCUUCUUCUUAAUGAGAAGACUGAAGCUGCGAAGCAGGCGAAGAAGGAUGAAAUAGAAGCUCAUUUUAAGGCGAUUCAGAAGGCGUAUGAAGUGUUGGUUGAUCCUGUGAAGAGGAGAAUUUAUGAUUCGACGGAUGAGUUUGAUGAUGAGAUUCCCACUGACUGUGCUCCACAAGACUUUUAUAAGGUGUUUGGACCUGCUUUUAUGAGGAAUGGGAGGUGGUCUGUUACUCAACCGAUUCCGUCUUUUGGUGAUGACAAGACUUCGAUAAAAGAGGUUGAUAAUUUCUACAAUUUUUGGUACUCCUUUAAGAGCUGGAGGGAGUUUCCGCAAGCUGAUGAGUUUGAUCUUGAGCAAGCUGAAACUCGUGAUCAUAAGAGGUGGAUGGAAAGGCAGAAUGCAAAACUGUCAGAAAAAGCUAGGAAGGAAGAGUAUGCGAGGGUCCGUACUCUUGUUGAUAAUGCUUACAAGAGGGAUCCUAGAAUAUUGAGAAGGAAAGAGGAGGAAAAAGCUGAGAAGAAAAGGAAAAAAGAGGCCAGGUUCAUGGCGAAGAGGUUAGAGGAGGAAGAAGCAGCCAGAGUUGCAGAAGAGGAGAAACGACGAAAAGCAGAGGAAGAUAAAAAAGCUGCUGAAAUUGCUUCUCAACUGAAGAAGGUGAAAGAGAAAGAGAAAAAGCUCUUGAGAAAAGAGCGAACACGUCUUAGAACUCUAUCAGGACCUAUUUUGUCACAACAUAUGCUUGAUAUUUCUGAAGAUGAUGUAGAAAAAAUUUGCAUGUCAUUUAAUAUUGACCAAAUGAGGGGUUUGUGCGAGAAAAUGGAAGGCAAAGAGGUGUCAGAGCAAGCAAAAGCUCUAAAAGACGAACUGAGUUGCAAAAAAGAUGAGGUUGAUGAGAAAAGUAAUCAGCAAAAUGGCUCUGUCAAAGCUAAUGGCAGCAUUAGUAUUCUUGCAGUCAACGUAGAGAAAAAAGAGAAACCUUGGAGCAAAGAAGAGAUUGAGCUAUUGAGGAAAGGAAUUCAAAAGUUUCCCAAAGGAACUUCAAGGAGAUGGGAAGUUGUUUCAGAAUACAUUGGUACCGGAAGAUCUGUUGAAGAAAUAAUGAAAGCCACUAAAACUGUUCUCCUCCAGAAGCCCGAAACAUCCAAAGCUUUUGACACAUUUCUUGAGAAAAGGAAACCUGCUGUCACAAUUGCAUCUCCACUCUCAACCAGAGAAGAAUUGGAAGGGAUGCCAAUAUCAACGGUUACACCUGAAAAUAGUGCUGCCACCUCAACACCAGCACCAACAACAACACCUGCAUCGACCUCAACACCAGCACCAACAACAACACCUGCAUCGACAAACAAUAGCAACUCCGAAGAUUCUCAAGGAGUUUCAGAACCAGAGGCUUGGUCUUCAGUGCAGGAGAGAGCACUGGUUCAAGCUUUAAAAACCUUCCCAAAAGAAGCUAACCAGAGAUGGGAGCGAGUAGCUGAAGCUGUACCUGGAAAGACGGUGAUUCAGUGCAAGAAAAAAUUUGCGCUGAUGAAAGAAAAUUUUAGGAACAAGAAAGCUGCAGUUUGAUUUAAUCAUUCAUAGCCCAUAUCUAUGGUAUUUUUUCUUUUUGCAAUUUAGAUUAUACCCGUCUAAUUAUCCAUUGUCCAUUGUUUUCUACUACUUAACUCGGAAUUCAUUUACUUAUUUAUAUAUGUACCAUUUUUGGUUCGAAA